AAAUCCUGCAAUCUGAUUGGUUCCGAGAGCAAGCGGUAUUUUACGAUUUUGCCCGCUAACCUGAGCGGAAUCGUUGGCAGCUUCAUUUGUUUGUUGUUUGUGAAUGAUCAAAAACCGUCAUUUUCAAACCAUUUUUCUCUUAAAGCUUGCGCUGUUAUUAGCAUUAGCUAGGGAAAAGUGAAUUUUGUUAUUCGGACCAAAAAUUUGAAGGGAGAAUCAAGCAAGUCAGCCUGGAAAACCGCUAAAGUAAAGCAAUACAGGUGACUCGUGAUGUCGCUUCACUAGCUUUACAACCGCGCUGUAAGUACUGCAAUCUCGCUUUUAUGCACCGUUUAUUGAACAUUUUUGCUCUGUUUGACUGUUUUGUUUUCCAUUUUUGCUGUAUGAAUCUAGAUUCUGACCUUUUUCAUUGAAUUUUGCCUCGCUAGUUCUCUAUUUAUCAGAAAAGGUUGUUGUCAAUUAUUCCAUCUAACUUUCAAUCUUAAAUAAACAACACGAAUCACUUUUCCAGCAGUCGGUUAUCACCGUUUUCAUUUCCUUGUUCAUAACUUGUUACUCACAUCGCCUUCUUUUAUUCGAAUUCAAUUCAAAACCUUAAAAUUGGUAUGUGUAAUUAGCUCUUUUUACAAAGCCUUUGUCCAGUUUUCAUCCCACUCGAUUGAACUAAUCUUAAAGCAAUUUUUGAAAGAUUCAGCCGCAGAAAAUCCUUGCUGUAUUUUUUCUUGGCGCUUUUAAUAUCAAGCUCGUCAAUUCUUUUAUACUUGUUUGACACUCAGAUUAUGAAUAGUCUAACAAGACACAAAAACCUUUCUUUAUUCUAAAAGAAAGCAGUAAGUGCCAUGACAUAAAUAGUCCAGCUUCGAAUUAAAAAUUACCGCUGAAUAUAAACAUUAACGACACAUUUAUACAGGGUUAGCCUCGACGUGAAGUAAGAUANCAGUUUUCAUCCCACUCGAUUGAACUAAUCUUAAAGCAAUUUUUGAAAGAUUCAGCCGCAGAAAAUCCUUGCUGUAUUUUUUCUUGGCGCUUUUAAUAUCAAGCUCGUCAAUUCUUUUAUACUUGUUUGACACUCAGAUUAUGAAUAGUCUAACAAGACACAAAAACCUUUCUUUAUUCUAAAAGAGAGCAGUAAGUGCCAUGACAUAAAUAGUCCAGCUUCGAAUUAAAAAUUACCGCUGAAUAUAAACAUUAACGACACAUUUAUACAGGGUUAGCCUCGACGUGAAGUAAGAUAUUCAGAAAUUCUGGCAAGUAAGUGUUUGAAAUUUGAAUACAGCUAUUUCGAGAAAGGUUGUCGGAGAAAUGUCCACGCGACAAUCCCGAAAGGUAAUAUGGGAUAUGAUCAAUACACUGUUCCUGACUUUGUAGCCGUCGAACCUACUUUUGUUGCUUUCCUUUAGCACUUGCAGACAUAAGUCCAUGGCCUCUCGUGCCAUUCUAUUCUGACUUUCUUUGAAGAACAGUGACCUCAAAAUCACCCACAAUAACUUUCGAGAUUGUCGCGUGCACUUUUUCCGACAACCUUUCUCGAAAUAGCUGUAUACACAAUAGACAGAGUAAUAAACAUGUCUUUUUCUCGUUGAAAUUUGUGAAUAUAUUACUUCAGAUUGAGGCUAAGCCUGUAAAAAAUGCGUCUUCACUUCUUUAAUUCAGCGGUCAUAGCGAACUCGAAAAUGCGAGCUAAAAAUCAUGCUGUAAUGUUUUGUUUUGGUUUGCAAUCGAUCGCGCGCUUCAUCAACACGAACGCCUCCUACUUCAACACACAUAGGUUGGAGAGUGAAGGAAAAUUUUCCUUGAAACUUUUAAAUCUCGGUUGGAAAAAAAUAAAAAUGUUAUUCACCGGCCUGGGUCGGUCCGUAUUGGGAGAAACUGUACCCUCGGUCUGAGUACCGGCCUCGGGCGGUACUCAAGACCUCCGGCAUAGUUUCUCCCAAUACGGACCUCCCAGCCGGGGAAUAACAUAUAUGUUUCUCUUGUCUAUAAGGAGGUGAAGCCAAAGAAGUACAAGUUCUUUACUGCAUUUGUUUGCGAAAAACCGAAAUUGUUAUACUUGAUAGUAAAAAAGAGUAGCAAAUGAAAGUUAGUCCAUUAAUUCCUUCAUAUCUCCUGUUGUUGCCUUUCGUGUGAUUUUUUAGUCGAUUUUUGCUCUUUAAGGUCUUCCUCUGUUUUGCCCUCUAUGUAUACCUGUCGAUUUUUACAAAAAAAAAGAAAAAACAAAAAAAAAAACACACACACAAAUAUUAUUUGAGCUUUGGCUACCCAAGUGCAAAUCUCAAAAAGUCUAAACUAGUAAUCAAUAAUCCAGCUCUUAUUAUAAAUUAUAUCUGCUUCGAUGAACAACCAUAAUCUAUUACUUGACAAUUCUUUACUAGUUGUAUCCCCAGACCACUAAACGACGACUGCUUAUGGAAGUUAAACACGAGUUAGACCUGAGGACAGACAGACAACAUCCGUGUCAUCCGUGUCAUGAUGUACGAGGCUCCCAAUAGUUUCUCAGUGAGACUAAGCCAAGACUAACUCUGCGGGUAACUCAAAAGCAUUUUAGGCCUUAUAUCUCCACAACGCUUUUAUGUAGCCUGCUUCACUUGACUUAGCCCCCGGGACUUAAGUUCAGAAAAACAGCCGACAUUUCGCUCCGCCAACACAGGUUUCCACUCGAAAUGCAUGAAGUCUAACGAACGAGCGUAGAAAUUCCAUACUGAUGACUCGUCACUUCAAUUCCCAGAUCUGGGUAGUGCUUCUGAUUGGUUGAAGCUAAAUACUAGUAACUCUGCCUUUUUUGUCUGCUUGCUUUAUUUCUUCUCCUAAAACUUUUUCUUAAGGAUAAACGCAGGGUUUGAUAACACAAUUUUCAGUAGUGAUGUUCUUGGUCAAAAUUGUAGACAGCAAGAAGUAAUCGAUUGAGAGGGUCUUAAUGGGGUGGUACUUUUGAAGGUUGACGGUAAAUUUUUUCCACUUUUGAAGGUUGACGGUUAAAUUUUACAGCUUUUGAUGGUUGACGGUUAUUAAGUGGAAAUUUAGUCCAAACGUCAGGGAAAGGAAAUGUUAACUUCUAUAUAUGAAUAUAUACUAACUGGUAAAACUUCGAAAUAUUUUCAGAUAUAAGCAAGUUGUAAGGUCUUGUAAUGUCUAGAAAAAGUGUUUUUCAAAACAUGGGUACUUGCGUGUUUUUCCAGUUUAGAGGUUUAUAUUUUUCCGGAGCCAGAAUCUCGUGAAGAUCAGCUGAAAUAGUGAGAUUUGAAGUACCUUGAAACUUUUCAACGGUUAAUAUUAAUCUGCACUUUUGACGGCUGAAGGUAAAAAUCCUUUUAUUACGGUUAACCCCAUUGACCUCUCGAUUAACUGAUUCAUUGAAAAAUCGAGUUGUGCAGAAAAACUUACAGUAGCAUUAGGAACGAUUUACGUUACAAAUUUGGUUACCAUAGCUUCAAGAAAACAAAUAUUUGUUUGAGAUAGUCAAAAUAUCUUGCCCAUCGUGAUCACAGCCGACAACAAAGAAUUUUCCCGAUUGGCGGGCAAUUACGACCGGUAAAGAUCAACUGUAGAAAAAUAAAUCUUACAAAACACACUACUAUUUAAGCUCAAUAGGGGAGUUAACAAACAUCUGUCCAGUGAAGUAUGAUAACUGGUUGGAUUUUCUAAAGCUUGGGACAGCUGCAGGAAGGAAAAAUAAUAAUAAGUUCUUAUUUCGCACGCAAGAUUUUAGAAUUAAGGAUAAUUUUCAGACUGAAGUCCAAAGAAACUCACCGACUUGAUUCCUACAUUAAAUAAUAUGUAGGUGUGGUAUUGAAUGCAUUCGUGCAGUUUCAGUGUUUAGUUUUACCUUUUAAGAAGCUUCUGAAAUUUGCAUUUUAAUUAGUGGUCUUUAAAGAAAGCGCAGUUUCUAUUUAUUUCAUUUUCUCAGUGAUGAAGCUUGAUUUCUGAGCUGAAACUUGACAACCUUGUUUAUUGUCAGUGAAAGGCGACAUUUUCGCUUUGCAGAGAAUCAAGCGAUCGCAAAGGUAUUUUUAUUGGAAAAAUUCGCAUUUUAGACUUGAGCACCGUUCAUAGGUUUUCCUCAAGGGGAAAUGCAAACAGUUUUAGCUUGUGACUAAAAAGUAUGCCUUAUUUAUUUUGUAAUUGUGUUUAACAGUUGCGGAGUAAUGUGAUGGUUAUUAUAUUUUCUCAUUAGCUGCUCUUGACCAUGAGUCGCAAACUUGGAAAAUAUUUUAUGGCGAAAUUAUGUAUCUUUAUCUCAUUCGCAUCGAUUUCAAAUGGAAGCACCACCAUCAGCCCCAGUACCACCACCAGCAGCAGCAGCAGCAGCAGCAGUUUAGGUAGGUAAUAAUAGUUCAGUCAAAUUUUUAGUUAUAGGUAGGUACAGUGGCCUAGUGAUCGACGCCACACACUUGUGAUCCAGUGGCCCGAAUUCGAGUGCAGCACUGACCUANCAUUUUAGACUUGAGCACCGUUCAUAGGUUUUCCUCAAGGGGAAAUGCAAACAGUUUUAGCUUGUGACUAAAAAGUAUGCCUUAUUUAUUUUGUAAUUGUGUUUAACAGUUGCGGAGUAAUGUGAUGGUUAUUAUAUUUUCUCAUAUAGCUGUUCCUGACCAUGAGCCGCCAACUUCGAAAAUAUUUUAUGGCGAAAUUAUGUAUCUUUAUCUCAUUCGCAUCGAUUGCAAAUGGAAGCACCACCAUCAGCCCCAGUACCACCAGCAGCAGCAGCAGCAGCAGCAGUUUAGGUAGGUAAUAAUAGUUCAGUCAAAUUUUUAGUUAUAGGUAGGUACAGUGGCCUAGUGAUCGACGCCACACACUUGUGAUCCAGUGGCCCGAUUUCAAGUGCAGCUCUGACCUAGAUUUGAAUUUAAAAUUAAAUUUGGAACUCUUCGGUUAAUUUCCUCGGGCCAUUCUUGCAAAUAACUAGGCCAUGCUUGCCUUUUUGCAAAUUGCUGUGUCACCUUACCCAAAGCCUCCAUAACUACAUAUAUUUUGCAGCCAUAUCACCGAGACAAUUAGAGCGACACAAACAAUAGCUUUAAUGACUGAAAACAAUGUCAAUUUAAACGCACUUUUUCAGUUUUCAUUUUGAUACAUUUCUCUGUGUGGGGGAGUUGAAGCUUUGUACAGUUGCCACAAGACCUACGACUUUUUAAAUUUCAUGGUGAUCCUAUCAGUGUCAGUAAUUGAAUGAUCACCUUUUUUUAAAAUCAUUUUAAGUCUCAGAUUUGAAUUACCGCCCGCGACGCCCCAGGUAAUUGUAGCGUAUAGUGCUGACAUCGUGCGGAAAUGAAUGCAAGUGAUAUGAUACACUCCGGACCUACGGAAUUUUCAUGUAUAUGUUAUAGUUAAUUUUUCGUCUCAGAGUUUUUUUUCCUUUUGUUUUUGGUUAUUGUAAAGUAUGCUAUAUGAAGUUGACACAAACGAAAAAUGAAAAUUACCUGAGUUAAAAAAAAUAACUACAGCGUAUACAUAUAGCGUGUGUUAAAUUUAUUCUCUUAGUUUUUUUCGGUUUAGAGUAAGUAUGUAACGAACGUGAAUAAACGGUGUUUAACUUAAAAGCAGUGUAUUACAGUAAUGCUCUGGGAAUCUGAGUCUCCAUGGUUGGCAUUGAUAGGCGGAGUGUCGGAAUGAAAAUUGCGAUAAAUUUAGGUUUGAUUUCAUUUCAGUGUUAAUGCUGGUGUAACUCAGAAGUGUUGCCAGUAAUAACGCAACUGUAUGUACUACUUACAGACGUCACAGACGUUUAUUAGAUGCUGAAUUCGGUCAAAAAUAUAUAUCACAUGACGAAAAUAGACAGGGUCCUGCAGAGGUGUAAGAUUUAACUGAUCGAUUUCUUUGCUUUUAUUCAAAUGACACCACCAAAUAGGUGAUUACACUGGGCAAUAAAUCUAACAAGGUAGCAUAACAAAGUACGCAAGUCUGAGAUAAAUUACAGGGGACAGGCUAUAUUCCUUACAUGAUCCAAUACUGAUAGAUUUACUGGUAGUGUUGAAUUGGAUCCACUGGCCUAAAAAUUUUAAGUAAUUGGUAUUAAAACGUACCUGAUGCAAUGUCACGAAGAUAUAUCUAACACUGUCCAUCAAAGUGCUCAAACGGAAAAAAAAGCAGAUAGCGUCUAGCUAACAAUGAUGGAUAAAGUUGAACUAGCAUGUUAAAUCCGUUUAAAGAAAUCAUACGCGCUGACCACUUGGCCAUCGAGCUUCAUUAAGAGAUAUGUGAGCUAUCUUAUUCUCUUUUCUCUACUUUGACAGAAAUACCUUCUUGUAAAGUUUAUCGUACGCAUUAAUGUCAUAACCGUCCAAAUGUCUACGUUACUAAUGUGGGCAUCGCGAAUUGUCUCAGUGUUUCUUUGAUCGUUAGCCAGCGUUAAUACCUCAGUUUCAUCCCUCAUAGAAUCCGUCAGCACAUUAAGCACCUUGCAGGCUACAUCAGCUAUGACCUCCAGCACAUUUUAGACUUGAGCACCGUUCAUAGGUUUUCCUCAAGGGGAAAUGCAAACAGUUUUAGCUUGUGACUAAAAAGUAUGCCUUAUUUAUUUUGUAAUUGUGUUUAACAGUUGCGGAGUAAUGUGAUGGUUACUAUAUUUUCUCAUUAGCUGCUCUUGACCAUGAGUCGCAAACUUGGAAAAUAUUUUAUGGCGAAAUUAUGUAUCUUUAUCUCAUUCGCAUCGAUUUCAAAUGGAAGCACCACCAUCAGCCCCAGUACCACCACCAGCAGCAGCAGCAGCAGCAGCAGUUUAGGUAGGUAAUAAUAGUUCAGUCAAAUUUUUAGUUAUAGGUAGGUACAGUGGCCUAGUGAUCGACGCCACACACUUGUGAUCCAGUGGCCCGAAUUCGAGUGCAGCACUGACCUAGAUUUGAAUUUAAAAUUAAAUUUGGAACUCUUCUGUUAAUUUCCUCGGGCCAUUCUUGCAAAUAACUAGGCCAUGCUUGCCUUUUUGAAAAUUGCUGUGUUAUACCCAAAGCCUCCAUAACUACAUAUAUUUUUGCAACCAUAUCACCGAGACAAUUAGAGUGACACAAACAAUAGCUUUAAUGACUGAAAACAAUGUCAGCUUAAAUGCACUUUUUCAGUUUUCAUUUGUAUACAUUUCUCUGUGGCUUUCUUCAAAACGACAACUCCAUGAUGAAAUCGAAAUUUUCUCGGGGAAAGUGACGAAACGUUUUCCUUGUGUCUGCAAGUCACUACACAACAUCUUUAUGAUGAUAAGGCAUCGUGAACAAAUUCCACUAUCUGAAACUCUCGUUCGCAGUUGACUCGUCCCAUUUAAGGGAAUCCAAGACAGUCUUGGAUUCUGGAUUCCACUCCUCGAAUUCUGGAUCCCAGGUACUGAAUUCCGGACUUUGUCAGUAGAACUCGGAUUCCGGAUUCCUUGAGCUGUAUCCCGGAUUCCAAAGUCCAUGAUCCUGGAUCCCACAAACAAUUAUUUUCCGGAUUCUGGAAUCGAGAUUCCUUUAUAUGGCCGGGGAGGGCUACGCCCCAGGUAAUUGUAGCGUUUAGUGCUGACCGCGUGCGGAAAUGAAUGCAAGUGAUAUGAUACACUCCUACGGAAUUUUCAUGUACAUGUUGUAGUUCUAUUUUCAUCUCAGGUUUUUUUUGUUUUCUUUUGUUUUUGGGUAUGGUAAUGUAUGCAAAUGAAGUUGAAACAAACGAAAAAUAAAAAUUACCUGGGUUAAAAAAAUAACUACAGCUUAUACAUAUAGCGUGUGUUAAAUUUAUUCUCUUAGUUUUUUUCGGUUUAGAGUAAGUAUGUAACGAACGUGAAUAAACGGUGUUUGACUUAAAAGCAGUGUAUUACAGUAGUGCUCUGGGAAUCUGAGUCUCCAUGGUUGGCAUUGAUAGGCGGAGUGUCGAGAUGAAAAUUGCGAUAAAUUAAGGUUUGCUUUCAUGUCAAUGUUGAUACUGGUGUAACUCAGAAGUGUUGCCAGUAAUGAUCCAGCUGUAUCUACUAGUUACAGACGUCACAGACGUUUAGAUGCUGAAUUCGGUCAAAAAUAUAUAUUACAUGAAGAAAAGAGACAGUGUCCUGCAGAGGUAUAAGAUUUGACUGAUAGAUUUCUUUGCUUUUUAUUCAAAUGACACCACCAAAUGAUUGACGCUGGGCAAUAAAUCUAGCAAGGAGCAUAACAACGUAGACAGUCUGAGAUAAAUUACAUGGGACAGGCUAUAUUCCUUACAUGAUCCAAUACUGAUACAUUUACUGCUAGUGUUGAAUUGGAUCCACUGGCCUAAAAAUUUGAAGUAAUUACGAUUGAAACGUACCUGAUAAAAUGUCAGGAAGAUAUCUCUUACACUGUCCAUCAAAGUGCUCAAACGGAAAAAAAAACAGAUAGCGUCUAGCUAAUUAUGAUGGAUAAAGUUGAACUAGCAUGUUAAAUCCGUUUAAAGAAAUCAUACGCGCUAACCACUUGGCCAUCGAGCUUCAUAAGAGAUACGUGAGCUAUCUUACUCUCGUUUCCCUACUUUGACAGGAAUACCUUCUUGUAAAGUUUAUCGUACACAUUAAUGUUAUAACCGUCCGAUUGUCUACAUUAUUAAUGUUGUCAUCACGAAUUGUCUAAGAGUUUCGUGUUUCUUUGAUUCUUAGCCAGCGUUAGUACCUCACUUUCAUCCAUCAUGGAAUCCGUCAGCACAAUAAGCAGCUUGCAGGCUACACCAGCUAUGACCUCCAGCAGCUCAAACACAGUCUCCACUUCGGCGCUGUCCAGUUGCUCUUAUUGGUGCAGGUGCAGCUCUGUCACUGGUGAGUAAGUGACAUGUGUUUGUCGUUCACUUAAUGGAGAAGCUUAGAUCCGACGAUGAAAUAGAUUAGAUAAGCGAAACAACAACUCUGCACGUGAAUCAUAUUUUAUUUUUGUACAUUUCUUUGCGUCACUGCACGACUACGACGCGAAAAUGCCUUAUUUCACGUUUUAUGGAGGGCGUAAACAAGCGACGAUAUUUACAAAGACUGAAAAAACGCGAAGUCAUUUUUAAAAUGACGCUCUCGUUUUCGUUGUCGUCGCCGUCGUCCCAUCGUCCCACUAAAACGGGGAACGAGAAGCGGGGAAAGAACGUGGGGAAAGGGAAAAUGAAAACUGGGAACAUAACAGACAAUUGUAAAUGAAGUUAAUGAUAGGGUUAGGGUUCAAGUUAGGUUUUGUUCCUAUUCUUCAUUUUCCCUCUCCUCGUGUUUGUUCCCCGCUCCAAGAUCCCCGUCUUAGUAAUAUACGCCGUCACUGCACGCUUAGACGUAAAAGUGCCUAAUUUCACUUGUCAUGGAGGACUUAAACAGCGGCCCCUAAAUUUUCUUUCCCUUUCUGAACUUGGAUAUGGUUCCCAGGAAUUCAACUACAGUAGAGUUCGCCUACAUUAAAUGACAAGGUAAGUGAGUUGGAAUAAUCGCGGUGAAGAUUGAAAAAAUGCGAAGUUUUCGCCGGUGAAGCUGUCUCCGGAUCUUACGUUGUUCUUGACUCUUGAACGAUAGCCAAGACUGAACGGAUAAAAAUGUAGAACUUUCAGUGUACUUGCUUUGUGUCUCCAUGUUUUCGAAUGUUCUAAAAGUUAACUCAUUUUUGUUCAAGCCUUUCCUUAAUCAGUUAAGAAUGUUGUUUUUCCGGCACAGGCUGAAUAUUCUUAUUUUUCCGCCGAUUUUAGGCUGAAAAUAUUCCUCUACUACUCUUAAUUAAAUUAUAUUUAAAAAGUUAAAAACAAACAAUUCAGAUUUUCAACACACAAAAUUAUAUCCUUUUCAAAAUCUCAGCCACGGUUUAUUCUAAAAAUAUUCUUAAAAUGUCGCAAAUUUCAGCCUCGAUGGUCUUAAUAUAAUUUUAUAAAAAUGAAAGAGUGUAUUCUUGUCGGUGUCAAAAUGUUUAUACCGUUUAGAAUGAGAAUCAUUCGACUGCCUUUUUUUAAAGUUGUAUUUUCCCUUUGCGCAGUGCCUUCAUUAACGUCGAGUGUCAGGAUGGCUGAGGCAUCAAAUACGUCAUCAGUUCAUUCUACUACGUCAUCCGCUUUCACCACCACCUUUUCGUUUCCUACUUCGUCUUCCACUAGCAGGUCAUCUGUUAUGAGCCACAGCUCUUCGACUUUCGAUAUGACCCCAUCAACACUUACAAUUUCAUCUAGCGACAGCGUUAGUUGGAGUUACUCGAGUUCUUCUUCGGUUUUUUGCCCCAGUGCAUGUUUAUGGGAGAACAGGUGUUACCAAAGUAAGUCAUAUAACUAUAAUUGAAAGAGACAUUUAAACGUGCGAAUCACCGUAGUCAAAUGGCUACUUCUGCACUAUUGACAGAUCUACAAAUGCACAAAUUUACAAUAAAGGGCCUCUAAAUCUUGAGUACGGUUGACCGGGCUGGUCCGGUUUCUGAGAUCUCGCUUACUCAUAAAUCCUUUGUAAAAUUUUCGAUCUGUUCAUAUGAGAGCGCGGGCUAGCUCGGUCUUCGAUAUAUCUGUUUUUCCAACCAGGAUCUCGGUAAGCGGACUGGAGAAUUUUGCCAUAUGAACACUUCAAACCAGUUACCGGGAUGAAAGCGGGAUGAAUUCGGUGACCGAGAUGGCAUCGUCUUGCUUUGCCUGCUGUAUUUUCCACAUCAUAAGUAUCACAUUUAAUUACAGUGAUACAGCUAUAAGAGUUGCCAAAGCUAUGAUUGGCGCGAAAGUUAUAUCUUUGUAUUUCGCCAUGGUUUGGUUCUCGAAAUUUGCGCCAGAAACUCUUCGCGGCCUUUUAUCAUCUCGGAAACGGGGCUGAAAUUACUUAUAUGAACCCAAGACGAAAUAAGUCCCGUUAACCGGGCCAUGUGAAGAGGUCCUAAACUGCAUAGAACCCGCACAAACUUGAAUUUUUUUCAGGCUUCUUUUCUCACCUGUAGACGUUGCUUUUAUGACUGCUAUGAACGUCCUUAACAAUUAAAUCUUCAUCCCGCAGUUCUCUUAUAGUUUUCAUAUAUUCAUUUAUUUCACUCGUUUUAAAACGAGACAACAAAAUCACCAGCUCCCAGUUGGCUUAUUAGCUAAAUUGUUAGAGCAGUGCACCGCUUUCACGGAGGUUAAGAGUUCAAAUCCCGUACAAGGCCGGAUCUCUUAAGGCUUUCUCUUCGCAACUGUAAAAGUUACGUUUAUAACUGUCAAGAUCGUCCUUACAUUUAAUUAGUAUAAACUCUGUUUUCAUUUAGAUUUUACCCAAAGUACACAGACCGGGUCAUCUUCAUCAUCAUCAUCAUCACCAUCGUCGUCGUCGUCGCUAUCAGCAGUAGCGACUUUGAUAAACUCAAAUCUCGUUUCAGCUACUAAUUCGCAAACAACACCAUCAUCUUUUUUUGCUACUCCCGUUAUGUCGACUACAUCCUCGAGUUUUGCUGUUCCAACAACCCUGUGGACUUAUUCAUCGACCUUUACUCCGAGUGUUGCAUUGACUCCGUCCGUAACAACAACUGCUUCAACGUAUUUAUCAACUCCGGCUUUGUCAGAAUCAUUAUCCACGUCUUCCGUUACAACAUCUGUGUCACCAUCUUUGUCGGCUGCUACCCUAACUGUGUUUACAACGCAACCUGCAUCAAUAACAACAACUACGGCGACCUCUUCAUCUGUCUCUUCUCCAACUGUGUCAUCAUCGUCACCGACUUCUUUUCCAACAAUUGCAGCAAUAUCUUCACUGUCCUCAAGUCAACCCGCGUCAACUUCAUCAUCAACAUAUUCCGUUCACACAACAUUAUCAGCAUCUUCGCUGACCUCUACUGCAACGUCAUCAUCGUCACUUAUUCUCCCAAUUGCAGAGUCGACAUUUUCAUUGUCCUCUUCUCCAACUCUGGAGUCGACUCCUUCCAUUACACUAACUGCGUCAACACCAUUAUCAAUCAGGCCAACUUUGUCAGCUUCAUUGUCAUCGUCUUCCGUUUCAACAACUGUUUCAACAUCACUGUGGACCUUUCCCCCGACUGUCACUCCUUCUAUGACAACAACUCUGUCGACAUUUUCAACUAUCUUCUUUCCAGCUAUGUCUUUAUUGACCUCGGGUCCAUCCGCGACAUCAUCUUUGUCGAUUAGUUCUGCCCCAGCUGUUUCGACGCCACCAUCUAUUUCUCUGACAAAAUCUACGUCGAUGUCCUCUUCCUCCACUCCAAGUGUCUCCUCACCGGCGUCUACUUUUUCCUCUACAAUUUUAUCGACGUCUUUAUUGAUUUCGAUUCUAACCUCGUCAACAUCAUCAUCAGCUAAUUCUGCUGAAACAACUUUGUCAUCAUCUUCACAGACGUCUUCUCCCACUGUGGCCACGUUAUUAUCAUCUUUGUCGACUAGUUCUGCCCCAGCUGUUUCGACGCCACCACCUCUUUCUCUGACAAAAUCUACGUCGAUGUCCUCUUCCUCCACUCCAAGUGUCUCCUCACCGGCGUCGACUUUUUCCCCUACAAUUUUAUCAACGUCUUUAUUGAUCUCGAUUCUAACCUCGUCAACAUCAUCAUCAGCUAAUUCUGCUGCAACAACUUUGUCAUCAUCUUCACAGACGUCUACUCCUACUGUGGCCACGUUAUUAUCGUCUCCGUUCCUCACGAAAACUCCGUCGCCACAAUUAUCGACCUCUAAUCCAAUAGCUUCCGUGUUAUCAUCGAUUCAGUCCAUGACAGAAACAUCUUUCACCACU